AUGUCCGCCUUCGUCGCGUUGCCAUCCGCCAGCUCAGCUGGCCCGGUGGAGAGGGUCCACUCCUUGAGGGGAGCAUCGGAGGCUCCGCCGGCACCGGCAGCCACCUCGGCCUCCACCUGCGCCACCGUGGCCGGCGUCGCCGCGCUGGGGGCCGUGGCCGCAGCAGGACAGAGGCGAAAGCACCGGGCAGCCCUGGCCAAGGGCAGCAGCACUACCCAGAUGCCCAAGCCUCGCUCUUUGGCCAAUGCCAAGGUGAUUGUGUGCGCAGGCGCGACGCUCCCGGAGGGUCGCAAGCUCCGAGUGGCGGUGAUUGGUGGAGGGCCCGCGGGUGCCAGUGCGGCGGAUGCCUUGGCCCAGGAGGGAAUCGAGACUUACCUUAUCGAGCGAAAGCUCGACAACUGCAAGCCUUGCGGUGGCGCCAUCCCGCUCUGCAUGAUCGACGAGUUCGGCCUUCCCAAGGACAUUGUGGAUCGUCAGGUCAAAAAGAUGACCAUGAUCUCGCCGACCAAUAAGGAGGUCCAGAUCGGUCAGACACUCAAGGAUGACGAGUUCAUCGGCAUGGUCCGCCGCGAGGUUCUUGAUGACUUCCUCCGACAGCGGGCCAAGAAGAACGGUGCCACGCUGAUCAACGGUCUCUUCAUGGGCAUGACCAUCCCUCAGCACAAGAACGAGCCGUACGUCCUCACCUUCAACGAGUUCGCUGAUGAGGCAAGCAAUGCUCGCAAGGUCGAGAAGAAGACGCUUGAAGUCGAUGUUGUCAUUGGCGCUGACGGGGCAAACAGCCGCGUCGCAAAGGACAUCGAGGCAGGCGACUACGAGUAUGCCAUCGCUUUCCAGGAGCGCAUGCGCAUCCCGGAGAACAAGAUGGAAUACUACCAGGACAGGGCCGAGAUGUACGUCGGAGAUGAUGUGUCUCCCGACUUCUACGCCUGGGUCUUCCCCAAGUGCGAUCAUGUUGCCGUUGGCACUGGCACUGUCAUCGACAAGAAGGGCAUUCAGAGAUACCAGCAGGGCAUUCGAGACCGAGCGGCUGUUCGCAUCGAUGGGGGUGAGAUCAUCCGGGUGGAGGCCCACCCGAUUCCCGAGCACCCGAGGCCCUGGAGGGUCAAGGACAGGGCGAUCCUCGUCGGAGAUGCCGCCGGGUACGUGACCAAGUGCUCUGGUGAAGGCAUCUACUUCGCUGCCAAGAGCGGUCGCAUGUGUGCGGAGACGAUCGUCAAGAGCUCGAAGAAUGGAGUUCGCAUGAUCGAUGAGGCGGACCUCAUGGAGCACAUCCGGGAGUGGGAUUCCAAGUAUGGACCCACUUACCUGGUGCUUGACUUGCUGCAGAAGGUCUUCUACACCAGUGACGCAGCCAGGGAGAGUUUCGUCGAGCUCUGCGAGGAGGAGUACGUCCAGAAGGUGACCUUCGACUCCUAUCUCUACAAGACCGUUCAGGGAAACGAUCCCAUGGGAGAUCUGAAGCUGGGCUGGAAGACUCUGAGCUCCCUGUACAAGUACAACAACCAGAAGACGCCUGACCCAAUGCGGACCUUGGUGUAA